AUGUCAACCAGUGAAUUCACUUGCUUGCGCAUCAAACGGCUGGACCGGCAAACCACCAUAACUACGGCUAGUUUGGCCCUCCAAGUCCACCCGAGUCCAGGCUGGCUUGGCCAGUUUUGCUUGCCAGGUAUGCUUAGAGUUUACUCCGUACCUAGAAAAUCAAUGUGGAAUCAGGACACGCGCUGCAGAGACGCAGAUAGGCGAGCACAGACCAAAGCGGAAUGGCCAUGUGGGGCAUGCAUCUUGAUGUCCCCAGAGUGGGACACCAUCAACUUGGCACGGGGCAGUGCCAACCAGCCCUGCCGAGCGCGCCCAGCCCCUGUGCCUGCCCGACAGUGA